AUUUAUGAUAAAUUUAUUGAUUCAGUUGUGAAACACAAUGAAAUCUCUGAUGUUUUAAUCACAUCUGACAAUGUCAAGAAGCUCGUUAGCAUCUAGCUCGAUUGCCGAUUAUGAUGAUUACAUGAAAGGUUUUAAGAUUUCUUUUUCGUGGGAUUAUCCAGAUGACUGGAGUUUAAAAGAUGUUGAAGAAACAGUGUUUCAUUUACUUGAUGAGAAAGAUACACAGAGAUCUGAAUCACAGUUCAUCUGCAAUUGCAUUCAGUCAUCAGGUGCUGGAGUAAUUUUAUCUCAACCCGAUCCAGAGAGUAAUGUUGUACCAUGUGAACUUCAUUUCACUGCACACCCAAUGGCGGUUCAAUUUUGUAUUACUAAGGUUGUUGUUGUAAGUGAGGCAAGGCAUUUGGAGCUGUAUCUUGAUGAUCUUUAUGAGAAAACAUCCAAGGGUUGUAUGUUGACUGUGAAAAAAGGGAACAAAGCAGCAUUAUAUGAAAAUGAAUUUGAUUUAUCUGCUCAUGUACAGGGAACGCACAAAGUUUCACUAAAGUUCUUAUCACUUGCUGACAAACACUUGAUGCGGUUACAAACGGUCGUUGUGAAAGUUGUUAAAUGUGUUCAUAAUAACUGUGCUCCUCCACAGCAGCAAGAUUUGAAGAGUGGAUCAUCUAUGGAUAUGAACAGUGUGAGAGAGAUGAUGGAAACAAUGGGAUUAUCAGUUCCAAAUAGUGCAGAUAAGUUGAUGAAUGAUAUUGAACAUCAGCAAAAACAGAGAGCACAGAUGCAGCAGUUUGUCCAGAAUAGUUUAUUGGGUGGUGGCCAGCAACCUCCUGCAGUCUUACUACAACAGUUACCUUCUCAAGGACUACUUGCUUCUAUGUUGCCACAAAACCCUCUAAUGCAAAUGCCCAACAUGCAACAAAUUAUGCCUCUUCUUAAUCAAGGGCAAGCUCAACCAACUCAACUUAAUUAUGCACACCGUAAUUCACUUCAACCUGACAUACACCCAGUUAACACACAGCUUUCAAGUGAACAUCCAACUAACACUCUUCCUCCUAGUUUAUUCCCUGUCUCUCGUGAAAAUGUUCCUGUACCAAGAAGCAAGCCGUUGUAUCGCCGCAAAAGCUUUAGUUCUGCGGACAGUUAUGACGGUUUUGGCACACCUAAUCCACCACAUCAAUCUGCUUUGGUCAAUGCUAUACUCAACACUGAGCAAGUCAAACAGGUUGCUGCCAGUAAGGCUGCAGUUAUAGCAGAAGACAAUUACGAAAAAGCACAGUUAAAUAUGAUCAAGAAUUUUCUUCGAUCACAAGAUUCAACCAAAUUGAGUAUCACCAAAACGGCUGUAAAGGAGGUUGCACCUGCUAAACCCCCUCGCAGACUUAGAUCGUCAGAUAAAAAAAAGAGACCACAUUCAUUGGCUGCUCUGCCAAGCUCUAGUGAAUUAGAUUUUACAAAAUUACUUUCAAAUCUGAUGGAACAAGAAGGAUCAACAAAAGAAUCUUCAGAAGACGAAAGCUCUGCUACGUCUGUUUCCAAUGCAAGAUGGGAAGCCUACCUCAAGUCAAGAGUACGAGCUAGUCAAAGGUUAUCGUCCGAAAGACAGUCCAGACCAAACUCGGGGACAUUUAGCGAAACGGAACAAGAACGCCAAUAUAAGGAUAGUGGUUUUCAUUCACCAAGAAGCAGCAGCACAACCAUGAAUGGAGAUUCAAGUAAAAGCUGUGGAUAUUGUGGAUGCAGUGGAACAAUAAGUCAGCAGGAUAUGUCGAAUAUCAUUCUUGAAACAGAACAGAGAAUUAUGGGUCGGGUCGAACUAAAAAUUCAGGAGUUACGUAAUCAUUUAGAUCUUCGGUUAGAUAGCUUGUACGACUCCAUUGUGGCUCUACACCCGCAAAACUUUGUGGAUAAUAACAUUGAUUAUUCAGAACAGGAGGAUACUGCAGUUUAAUACUGAUUUUUACUCAAGAAAAAAAGGCUUGAUGUUUUAGUGCUCAAAACAAUAGCAUAUUUAAUAUUUUUUAGUUUACAGAUUCGAUAAGGUGAUUGAUAUGUGAUUGAUAUUUUUAAGCAUAUUUUUAUACAAUAUUUACAACAAAUUAUACACCUUUUGGUACAUAAAGAAACUAAUUUUUAUUUUGUUUAUCUUAUUAGGAGUGUUUAACUCUUUGUUGUAUAAAAUUUUACAAGUAAAGAUUUAUUGGUAAUAUUGUUUUGUUUACGUUUUACUUUUUUUAAUAAAUUGUUGCUUUAAUAUAUAAAUUACAUUUUUGGAGUUGAAUUGAUUUGUGAAUCUCUUUUGUGAUGGAUUUUAUUAUGUUCUUUCUGGGAAAUCAUAAUAAUAAAAAUGUCAACGAUGAAGCUAAGUUAAAGUUUUCUCACAUUAGUAUUUGCUGACUACACCUAUAAAACAAUGUUCUCCAAUAUGUGCUUCACCCGAAAAUUCACAAAUGUUAAAGUUGGACAUUAUUUUCUAUUUUGAUUUUUUCAUAAAUACUAUGCAUUUAUAGAAUGCCACACAUAAAUUUCUUGAAAUUGAAUCAAUAUCGAGAUGUCUAAGAAUAUUACAUAAGAAUAUAUAACAGAUAAAGAGACAGAAUAUCUCUAAGAAUAUGGUGGUUGUAUAUAUAUUGUUGUUAAUUUUUAAACUUUUUGUUGUUAGUAUUUCAUAGGUGUGAUUAAAUUAUUAUGUACAUUUUGUAUUUUAAAUACAUCUAUUUAUAUUUCUUUUUAAGGAUGUAUUUUCCUAAUUUUAUAAAUACAAUGAUCACAUAUAUUUUUCGCAUCAUUUACUUUAAGUACAUGUUGUUCUUCUGUUAAUAUCACACAUUGUUAUUAAUCAAAUUAACAGGAAUAAAAUACCUGAUCAUAAAGUUAAUUAGGAGUUAGGUUGUAGGAGGAAUCAAUUUCUUUUCAUACUGUUCUUGGA